UGUUACCAUUUCCAAAUUCCACACCUACUUUUGACCACUGAAUAUUGUCGCUUCUCAUCUUACUUUAAUCAUACUUCGCACCUCUCCCUCUAACUAUCUACUUGCUUUGAUCCAUUUCUUAAGACUUGGUCCACAUUCCUCUCUCUCUCUUGACACCAAACCUUCUUCAUUCUCUGUAUCUGGGUCUUCUGAUCAUGGACUCUAUUUCUCGAGAAAUUGAAGAGCAAGAAACAAACUUGCCGUCAUCGUCGUCGUCACCGUCGCCGCCAUCGGGAGGAGUAGGGAAUAUAAAUGGGGAAGGGUCCGUUUCUAAAGGGGCAGGAACUCCAACUUUCAUGGGGAAGCAUCGCAUGGCAGCCGCAAUAGCAUCCCUUCAUCAGCAAAUUCAGAUCAUACAGGAAGAGUUGGACCUACUUGAAACAGUUGGAGAAUCCUCCAUUGUCUGCAAAGAGCUCAUAUCAAGUGUUGAAUCUGCACCUGAUGCUCUACUCCCACUAACUAAAGGACCUGCAAUUGUUGGUUGGGAUCGGUGGUUCCAAGGAGCCCAUGGCACUCGAGGUCGCAAAAGGUGGAUCUGAAGUUCAGUUAAUGUAUUUUUCAACUAUGAACCCUGAAAUAAAUAAACAGAGAGCUAAACUUUUUUUUUUUCUUGA